GUAGAGCUGCAAAUAAACAGGCAGGAGCUAGGUGCAUGUGCCACACUCACGCAAGACCUGGAAUUGAUAGGAGGACUCCCAACUAGUAAAAUGACAGAAGAUAAGGUCACUGGGACCUUGGUUUUCACUGUCGUCACUGCUGCACUGGGUUCCUUCCAGUUUGGAUAUGACAUUGGUGUGAUCAACGCACCUCAACAGACAAUAAUAUCUCACUAUAGACAUGUUUUGGGUGUUCCACUGGAUGACCGAAAAGCUAUCAACAACUAUGUUAUCAACAGUACAGAUGAACUUCCCACAAUCCCAUACUCAAUGAGCCCAGAACCAACCCCUUGGACUGAGGAAGAGACUGUGGCAGCUACUAACCUAAUCACCAUGUUCUGGUCCCUGUCUGUAUCCAGCUUUGCAGUUGGUGGAAUGAUUGCAUCAUUCUUUGGUGGGUGGCUUGGGGACACACUUGGAAGAAUCAAAGCCAUGUUAGUAGCAAACAUUCUUUCAUUAGUCGGAGCUCUCUUGAUGGGGUUUUCAAAAUUGGGGCCAUCUCAUAUACUUAUAAUUGCUGGAAGAAGCAUAUCAGGACUAUAUUGUGGGCUAAUCUCAGGCCUGGUUCCUAUGUAUAUUGGUGAAAUUGCUCCAACCAGUCUGAGGGGCGCGCUUGGCACUUUGCAUCAGCUGGCCAUUGUCACAGGCAUUCUUGUUAGUCAGAUUGUUGGUCUUGAAUUUAUCCUGGGCAAUCACGAUCUGUGGCAUAUCCUGCUCGGCCUGUCUGCUGUGCGAGCCAUCCUUCAGUCUGUGCUACUCUUUUUCUGUCCAGAAAGCCCCAGAUACCUUUACAUCAAGUUAGAUGAGGAAGUCAAAGCAAAGAAAAGCUUGAAAAGACUCAGAGGAUAUGAUGAUGUCACCAAAGACAUUAAUGAAAUGAGAAAAGAAAGAGAAGAGGCAUCAAGAGAGCAGAAAGUCUCUAUAAUUCAGCUUUUCACCAAUUCUAACUACCGACAGCCUAUUCUAGUGGCACUGAUGCUGCACAUGGCUCAGCAAUUUUCCGGAAUCAAUGGGAUUUUUUACUACUCAACCAGCAUUUUUCAGACGGCUGGUAUCAGCAAACCUGUGUAUGCAACCAUUGGAGUUGGUGCUAUAAACAUGAUUUUCACUGCUGUCUCUGUAUUCCUCGUGGAGAAGGCAGGGCGACGUUCUCUCUUUCUAAUUGGAAUGAGCGGGAUGUUUGUUUGUGCCAUCUUCAUGUCCGUGGGACUUGUACUGCUGAAUAAGUUAUCUUGGAUGAGUUACGUGAGCAUGAUAGCCAUCUUCCUCUUUGUCAGCUUCUUUGAAAUUGGGCCAGGCCCGAUCCCCUGGUUCAUGGUGGCUGAGUUUUUCAGUCAAGGACCCCGUUCUGCUGCAUUAGCAAUAGCUGCCUUCAGCAACUGGACCUGCAAUUUCAUUGUAGCUCUGUGUUUCCAGUACAUUGCGGACUUCUGUGGACCUUAUGUGUUUUUCCUCUUUGCUGGAGUGCUCCUGGCCUUUACCCUGUUUACAUUUUUUAAAGUUCCAGAAACCAAAGGAAAGUCUUUUGAGGAAAUUGCUGCAGAAUUCCAAAAGAAGAGUGGCUCAGCCCACAGGCCAAAAGCUGCCGUAGAAAUGAAAUUCCUAGGAGCUACAGAGACUGUGUAAAAAACAGACAAAACAAAACAAAAAACCCUGCUUUUUGACAUGAACAGAAACAAUAAGGGAACCGUCUGCUUUUAAAUGACGAUUCCUUGAGCAUUGUAUAUCCGCAUCUUGAAGUAUUGUUUUAUUUUUAUGUGCUCUCAUCAGAAAUGUCAUCAAAUAUUACCAAAAAAGUAUUUUUUUAAGUUAGAGAAUAUAUUUUUGAUGGUAAGACUGAAUUAAGUAGCCAAAAAGGCUAGCAUAUUUUGUUACACUAAAAGGCAGGUGGUUCUAAUAUUCUUAGCUCUGUUCUUUGUAACAAGGCUUUGAGUUACAGUUUGUUUUGCUUUUUAAUUGAGCACAGCCUGGUUUUCACAGGCACUCAAACAAUCAUGAGACAGACAUUUUGUAUAUUACCUCAAACUCCUAAUACGUUUAAUCAAAUCUAAUGCAAGAAAAUUUGAAGUAGAGGAUUGAUCAGUUUGUUAAAAAUAUUUUCUGAAUUAUUACGUCUCAAAAUAAGUUGAAAAGGUAGGGUUGGAGCAUUCCUGAGUGUGGGCUUCUGAAACUUCACAUAAAUGUUCAACUUCAGACUUUAUCAAAAUCCCUAUUUAAUUUUCCUGGAAAGACUGAUUGCUUUACAGUAUGUUCCUAACAUAGAAUAAUCCCCUCCUUCGACAUUUCCUUCUAUGUCUUAGCUGUAUACAGAUUCUACCCAAACUAUUCUAUGGCCAUGACUAACAUGUAUUGUACGCUAUCAAUCUGCCUUUGUCUUCAUAGGCAAAUUGGAAAUACAUAGGUGAUUAAACAGACUGUAGCUUACAGUCAAUUUUACAAUUAUGGAAAUACAGUUCUGAUGGGUCCCAAAAGCUUAGCAAGGUGCUAACGUAUCUGUAGGCUGUUUUCUCCACCAAGUGGAGCCCUGAUCAAUCUUUAUGUUUGCUUUAAUGUGUACUGAAGAAAGGCACUUUUUAAAAAGUAAUCUUUAAGAGGGAAAAAAUUGAACAACCACUGAACAUUUGCCUUGUUUUCUAAAGUUGCUCACAUGUAAUGUAGCAGUCCAAACAACAAGAAAUUGUUUCUUUUCAGUUUGAUUCAUUUCUCCUUUGGGUCAAUUUGGGAUAAACUAUUUUCACUUGGAACUUCAGGAUACAGUCAAAAUGAGCUUAAAGAACUCAGGACAUCUUUGUGCUAAACUGUGAACUCUGGACAAAAAUAUAGGGUCUCUGAAUAGGGCAGGAACAGGACAGUGGCUCCUGGGUGGCUCUUGUAUGCUUCUUCAGGAUGCUGAUGGCCUUUGGGAAGCCCGGUGUUAACACCGGUAAAGGAGCUUAACAUUUUUAUAGGCGAAAUAUGUGAUUUAAUAAAAUCACUAUUCCUGAUCUAAUUCACUAACAGAAUAAAGUAGCAAAGAUUUAAAUGACCACUUUUAAGUGCUUACUUACUAUUUGACUGGCCCACAAACACCAGAAAUUCAGACUCUAAAGUUUUCUGCCCCAGAGAGAUUUAAGUGCCUUAUACUGCUUCCCUUCUACAACAUUUUCCUUACAGAGAUUCAUGUGAGUUGAAAAGAAACAUUAAAGGGAAAUAGGAAGUUGAUGAAGCUUUAUAGGAGGACCAAAGAAUUGCCUUACUAUAAUAAAAAUCUUAGGUCUUCAGUGGUAUUAUUUUUCAAUCAUAAUAACAAAUAAAGUUGAUGUUAAUUAAUUAGAUUUUAUCCCAGAGAAAUUAGAUGUGAGUUUAAACACCUAAUUCUCCAGGUACUCUAUCAUUUUGGUGGAAGUAUUUCUAUAUGCUAACAUCUUUACAAAUGUGAUUUUUCUCUUAGCUUGUUUGAAAUAUGAGAAUAGACUUUAUGGUCUGGCAUUCACCUGCUACAUCUAGCAUUGCCCACUGUCAUGACUCCCAGGAAAAAGUCCCAUUUUAGCUUCCUCCUCCCUACUUUCCCCUACGUGGUCAGCACCAUAAUGCAACUAAGGUGUAAUAAGACAUUGCUCCUUCCCCCUACACUUUAAGGAGCUCACAGUCUAACUGGGAUUUCAGGAAGGCCAGCGUAUUAAUACCCCCAUCUGUGUCUUUUGCCUUCCAUGAACCUGGGCUUCCAGCCCUCUCUUGUAAAAUGGGCACAGUACUAUUACCUACCUCAGAGAGUUGUGAGGAUUAAACACAAAGUGCUAAGCACAGUGACUGGUACAAAGAGAGUACUGAAUACAUGCUACCUAGAACUAGUAUUCAUAGCAAUACCGUUAGAAUCAAGGACUACCAUAUAUGAGAUAGCUCCAAAUUUUUGUUUUAAAUAAAAGGAGUUUCAUAAGUUCAAGAUAAUAGUUUCUUCAAAGAAACAAUGUCACAACAAUGAGGAAAUGGUAAGAAUCAGGAGAGAAUCUUACCUGGCAGGGGAGAUACCAUGAUCCCAAAGGUGGUUUUCCUAGAGCAAGGCUCAUCCAUUACGUGCCGGACGUGCUGACCUCUGCCAUUUCCCCAAACGUGGGAAAUCCAACUGCAGAAUUUAUAGCAGUGGGGGACUGUGUUCACACUCUCCCCUGAAAACAACAACAACAACAAAGAAUCAGGAGAGAUACUAGGCUAAUUCUUAAAUCCAAACCUGAUAUUUCUAAGUAAGAUUAUAAGAGUUUUUUAUUGUAUUUUUUGAGUUUGCUUUUGCAUAAGUUAUGUUAUUUUUAUGAGGUCUAUAUGCACUAUUAUUUCUUGGAAUAAUACUAAUUAUAAAACAAAAUUCUGUCUAUCAUAUUUAAAUGUAAUUUAAUAGAAUUAUAAUCACCAGACAAGACCAAACCUUGUUGAUAAUCCUCAGUAAUUGCAUAAGAGGUAUAUACAUUUAGGCCAGCAUAUAUGCAUAAACUACUUCUUAUUGCUAGCUUAAUUGUUCCAUAUGUAGCAAAUAUAGCAGGUCAGCAGUAUCUUGUGCAUACAGGGUCCUAAGCAGAGGUGAUGAGUCAAGUGUAAAUAUAUAUAUAUUUGGGGUUUUUUUUCAUUGCAGUUGUAUAUUAGUGACCUGGGAGAAAACAUUUAUUGACAACCACUCUGAUCCAUCUGCUGCUAUUUUUACUGCUUUCUAUUUGGUACGUAUUAAAAAGAAUGACUAUGAAAAGAAACUACUUUGAGUUAAAAGUAUAUAUAUACAAUAGUUUGUUAUCAAUAAAUAUAUUUCUGAA